GUGAGGAGACUGCCUUCUGGACAGAGGGACGCAAAGGAGAGUUGAGAGCUUGCCACGGACCGACUGCCCGACCAGCACAGACCUGGGCGUGGAGAAAUAGAAAAGUUUCAAAAAGGAGAAGGAAAGGACGAAGAGAAGUACAUUGAUGUGGUGAUUAAUAAGAACAUGAAGCUGGGACAGAAAGUGUUAAUUCCCGUAAAACAGUUCCCUAAGUUCAACUUUGUGGGGAAGCUUCUGGGUCCACGUGGCAAUUCUCUGAAGCGUUUACAAGAAGAGACCUUGACCAAAAUGUCCAUUCUUGGCAAAGGCUCCAUGAGAGACAAGGCGAAGGAGGAAGAGCUGAGGAAAAGCGGGGAGGCCAAGUACUUCCACCUCCACGACGACCUGCACGUCCUCAUCGAGGUGUUCGCCCCGCCCGCCGAGGCCUACGCCCGCAUGGGCCACGCCCUGGAGGAGAUCAAGAAGUUCCUCAUCCCCGACUACAACGAUGAGAUCCGCCAGGCGCAGCUGCAGGAGCUGACAUACCUGAACGGCGGCUCGGAAAGCGCGGACGCCCCCACCGCCCGAGGGAAGUCCGCCUCGCGCACCAGAGGCGUCCCGACCCCGACGACAGGCAGGGGCAGGGGAGGCGUCACCGCCCGGCCCGUUGGCGUUGUGGCCCCACGAGGGGCGUCGGCGUCCAGGGGAGUCCUUUCCACCCGAGGGCUUGUGAGUCGGGGACGAGGCCUUCUCACCCCCAGAGCAAGAGGAGUCCCCCCAACCGGCUACAGACCUCCACCGCCACCCCCAACGCAGGAGGCCUACGGCGAUUACCCGGACAAGCACUUGGUGCUGGAGGCACAGAAGCGGGAGGAGAAAGAGCCUCGCUCACCCACCAGCUGA